AGAGAGUUUGGGAGUGGACGGUUUCUGUUAUUAGAACUAAAAUUAAAGGAAUGAUGUCCGAUUAUUGUCUGCCGCGUGGAGUUUCCGUUGGCCCCGCUCAAUCUUCCUGGACACUCCCAUAACCAUUCAACGUGCCAUUCCUCUGUUUCCCGUAGAUAUUCCGUGUGUACAGCGUUUUUCGAUUUGCUUUCCCACUUCCAAAAUCUUCUAAAUUCUUUUGGGGUUUGAUUCGAUCUGGGUUUCAAUAAAAAAGGGGGGUUUUUGUUUUUUGUUUUCCUUUUCCCUUUGGAUUUCUAUCUGUGGAGUUUAAGCAAAGUACGCUGUGGCGUAUAAGUUUUUUAAACAAUUUGUUUAAAUCCCCUGCUUUUAUUUUAUUUUUUCACUUCUAAGUUUUCUCAAUUAGAUCGUGGAUUUAUAUUCAUUAGCAAUUGGUGAGUGUUCUUGACCGGAUUUUUCAGGAAGAGAACAAGAAACAUUGGUUUUUGUUGGUUGUGGCACCAAAAAAACUGCCUCUGAGUGAAGUCUUUUCUGGAUGUCUUUGUGUUGUAAUAUCUUUUGAGAGUUGAAGAGUGUGGCAAAGUGAGAUGGAAUUUUCUGCCCUUCUAACUUCGGUUGGAAUCAAUAUUGGGAUUUGUGUGGUGCUUUUCUCUUUGUAUUCCAUAUUGCGAAAACAACCGAGCAAUAUAACCGUGUACUUCGGUCGAAAAAUUGCUACGAAAAAGUUGAAACACUGUGAAACUUUUUGCUUAGAUAGAUUUGUUCCUUCCCCUAGCUGGAUAGUGAAAGCUUGGGAAACAUCUGAGGAAGAAAUAUUGGCUCUUGAUGGCUUGGAUGCUGUGGUUUUUCUCAGGAUUAUUGUAUUCAGCAUUCGAGUUUUUUCAAUUGCUGCCACCAUUUGCAUGUUUCUAGUGCUUCCAGUGAACUAUUAUGGCCAAGAAAUGACUCACAAGAUGAUACCUUCCGAGUCAUUCGAUAUUUUUUGCAUUGAGAACGUCAAAAAAAAUUCGAAGUGGCUUUGCGUCCACUGUAUUGCUUUAUACAUCAUAUGUUGCUCGGCUUGUGUGCUCCUUUACUUUGAGUACUCCAGCAUCAGUAGAUUGAGACUUAUCCACAUCACUGGGUCUCAAAAAAAUCCUAGUCAUUUUACGGUUUUAGUGCAGUCGAUUCCCUGGUCGCCAGAGGAAACUUAUAGUGAGACUAUUAGGAAGUUCUUCUCCAAUUACCAUGCAUCAAGUUACUUGUCACACCAAAUGAUAUAUCGGUCUGGUACCGUACAGAAACUGUUGAGUGAUGCAGAGAAAAUGUACAACACAAUGAAGGAAAAUUCGGUCGAAAUGCGUUGUCAGAAGUUAAAAGGAGGCUGUUUUUGUGCAGGAUCAACAAAUUCUUUUACAAUUCUCCCUAGUGUAAAUGAUAGUGUGAAAAAAGAACUAUAUGGUAACAUGGAAUUGGUUGCCGGUGAGAAGGAGUGUUCUGCUGCUUUUGUAUUCUUCAAGACUCGAUAUGCUGCGCUUAUGGCUUCGAGCGUUCUUCAGUCAGCAAAUCCUAUGUCAUGGGCAACAAGCUUAGCUCCAGAACCUUGUGAUGUUUACUGGUCAAAUCUUUCCAUACCAUAUAGACAACUUUGGAUUCGUAAGAUAGGAACGCUGAUCGCUGCUACCGGAUUCAUGAUCAUGUUUUUGCUCCCCGUUACAGUCGUUCAAAGUAUGACGCAACUGGAAAAACUACAGCAGACAUUCCCAUUCCUCAGAGGCCUCUUGAAAAAGAAAUAUAUGAGCGAACUGGUGACAGGUUACUUACCGAGCGUCGUAUUGAUCCUAUUUAUGUAUCUUGCUCCACCUACUAUGAUGACGCUUUCAUCUCUGGAGGGACCUAUUUCUCGCAGUGGAAGGAAAAGGAGUGCAUGCCUUAAAGUUGUGUACUUUACGAUCUGGAACGUCUUUUUUGUUAACGUGUUUGCCGGUUCUGCCAUUGGUACAUUGAGUGCCUUUUCCAGUGUAAAGGACAUACCUGCCCAAUUUGGCAAAGCAGUACCAGCACAGGCUGGUUUCUUUGUGACAUAUGUUCUAUCGUCUGGAUGGGCAAGUUUGUCUUGUGAAGUCAUGCAACUUUUUUCUCUUACUUGGAACUUCUUCAGAAGAUGGAUAUUUAGAAUCAAGAUUGAACCCUUUUAUGAACCCCUUGCGUUUCCAUAUCACACCGAAGUUCCUCGAAUUCUCCUCUUCGGUUUCCUCGGCUUUACUUGUUCCAUUUUGGCUCCUUUGAUCACACCGUUCGUGCUGUUUUACUUUUUUCUUGCCUACCUUGUUUACAAAAACCAGAUUCUCAACGUGUAUAUAUCGAAAUACGAAAGUGGGGGACAAUUUUGGCCCAUAGCUCACAACACAACCAUCUUUGCUAUGGUAGUGGCUCAAAUAAUUGCUCUUGGAGUCUUUGGUGUAAAAGAAUCUCCAGUUGCUUCAGGUUUCACAAUUCCUUUGAUUGUCGGCACACUCCUCUUUCAUGGGUACUGCAGGCAGCGAUUUCGUCCUAUAUUCCGAGACCCAGCUGCAGAGGUGCUAAUUGAGAUGGACAGAAAAGAUGAAGAAUGUGGGAGGAUGGAAGAGAUGUAUCAACAAUUGCGUACAGCCUAUUGCCAGUUCACACUCUUAGCUAAGCGAAACACUAGUACGUCGGGGUGUUCGAGUGGUCACGAUAGUGAAAGCAAUGUGACAGAGCUGGAAAGCGCUAGACCAGGGAAUCCCCAGCAAGUAAUUGAGUUGUGGAAUGCUCCUUCUUGUCAUUUGAGUGAACCAGUACUCAUCACCAAGUAAAUUCUCAGUCUUUUAUUUCUUUCUUUUCAUCCCAAACCCAAUUGUUCUGUUAAAUGUACAAAUUUUAUGUCAAAUCUUCAUUUCAGUAAACUACACUGUCCAAUAAAAAAGUUUCGCUCUUUUUGGUA